AUGGCUGACACCACCAAAUACACCCCCAUAGCCACCACCACAACCACUCCCAACAACUUCCACAAACUCGACUUCAAAAACCUCCUCUCCAUUCUCAAAACCAAAACCACCAUCGCUUUUGCUUACGCUUUUAUGCUCAUUUUCAUUGCCAUGCUCAUUUUCAUUGCCUUCACUCUCUUCCUUGCUUUUUCCCCUUCCUCCACCACCACAAUUUCCCCAACACCUACCUUUUCCACUUCUCAAUUUUCCUCCAUUUUCUCAUACCUUUUCCCAAACACCACCACUUCACAAACUCCUGAUCCAUUUCAAAACAACACUUCCACAACUAGAUCCGCCAAUGCAACUUCUCAAUCUCAAUCUUCAAAAAACUCAUCACAAGAUGCAGUUACUAUUCCUGUUCAAAUUCCAAUUCCUACCACAAACAAAACUCAAAUUGUGGAAAUAGAACCGUCUAGCGUCACAAAUCAAACCACAAAUGUUACUGUUCAAGGAGUUGCUCCAGUUACUCCUCCUCAACAGAAUUUGAGUUCUAAUUCUUCACUGAAAGGUGUUGAUUUGAAAAACUACACGGCUUCACUUGCUAAGAAAAAGAACAAUGGGAACAACAAGUACGCGGAGUUGAUGGAAUCUCUGAUGAAUUGUGAUUUUUUUCAUGGUGAAUGGGUUAAAGAUGAUUCUUAUCCUCUUUAUAAACCUGGUUCUUGUUCAAUUAUUGAUGAACAGUUCAAUUGUAUAAGAAAUGGAAGACCUGAUCAUGAUUAUCAGAAAUACAAAUGGAAACCUAAGGGAUGCAGUCUCCCAAGGUUGGAUGGCCAUAAAUUGCUUGAUUUGUUGAGAGGGAAGAGACUGGUUUUUGUUGGUGAUUCUCUCAAUAGGAAUAUGUGGGAAUCACUUAUUUGUAUACUUAAAAAUUCUGUGAAAGAUAAAAAGAAUGUUUAUGAAGCAAAUGGAAGAGUCCAUUUUAGAGGGGAAGCUUCUUAUUCAUUUGUGUUCAAAGAUUAUAACUUCUCUGUGGAGCUUUUUGUGUCACCGUUCUUGGUUCAAGAGUGGGAAAUGCCAGAUAAGAAUGGGACAAAGAAGGAAACACUUCGUCUUGAUUUAGUUGGUAGAUCUUCGGAUCAAUAUAAAGAUGCGGAUAUUAUUGUCUUUAAUACUGGUCACUGGUGGACUCAUGAUAAAACUUCUAAAGGGAAGGACUAUUACCAAGAAGGUAGCCAUGUCUAUGAUGAGAUGAAUGUUCUUGAAGCGUUCCGAAGAGCUAUAACAACUUGGGGUAGGUGGGUUGAUACCAACGUAAAUCCAUCCAAGUCCUUAGUCUUGUUUAGAGGCUAUUCUGCUUCCCAUUUCAGUGGUGGGCAAUGGAAUUCAGGUGGGCAAUGUGACCAUGAAACUGCGCCGAUCGACAACGAAAAGUACCUAACAGAGUACCCGCCUAAGAUGAGGGUCUUGGAGAAGGUGCUUAAGUAUAUGAAAACACCUGUAUCUUACCUAAAUAUCACUAGGAUGACAGAUUUUCGAAAGGACGGUCAUCCCUCGAUAUACCGGAAGCAAAAUCUGUCCCCAGAAGAAAGAAAAUCACCAUUGAGAUACCAAGACUGCAGUCAUUGGUGCCUUCCGGGUGUUCCUGAUGCGUGGAAUGAGAUUCUUUACGCGGAAAUACUAAUGAGAGAGUACCGAAAUCAACAUCAGCAGAAGGGAUCAUAG